AUGAAGAAACGUACCGGAUCUAGUGGAACUGUUAAUUGUACUGGUAUCCCGGCUACUGAAUGCUCCGGAUUUAGUGGAAUUAUUAAUAAUGCCAUAAAAAACAUCAAAAGCAACAACUCCAAUACAGAAUAUUUUAGUGGUAUUCGUGAACCUACAACUACUACUGUACCCAAAAAUCCUGCAAAAUAUACCGGUGGUGCUAAUAACUACGGGGAAUAUAAAAACUUUGCGAGCAGAAAUCCCGGGAAUCCCCGAUCCGGAACUCAGAAUAUCAGUAGUUAUGAAAGUAACAUCGAAUAUAUUUUGUUAUCG